AUGAAGAUAGAAAUAAAACGUGUUUCUUUGCCAAGUAUCGUUGUAAUCUCUUGCGCAAGUCGACUUGUUCGUGGAGAAUCGAAUCUGGGGGAUUUGAAACAGAUUGACUUCCAAUUUCCUAAACUAGAAAUAGCUGUUACAAAAACUCCUUUUCCAGAGUGGCUCACUGCGUUUACCGGGUUAAAGGAGUGGCCAGGAUUGGAUCCUCCUUAUAUACCUUUAGAUUUUAUUAAUUUUGAAGAUAUUCCUGAUUAUAAACUAUACGAUCAAAACAAUUGCCACGUCAAUCCAAGAGAUUCAUGCUCUUUCGAUUGCCAUCAUUGUGUUGAGCACGACGAUAUCUACACAUGCUCAAAACUCUCUCAAACAUUUGAUGACGGACCUUCUCCUUCUACCACCAAACUGUUAGACCAUUUGAAGCAUAACACUACAUUUUUCAAUCUAGGUAUAAAUAUUGUACAGAAUCCUGAUAUCUACCAUAGAAUGCAAAGAGAAGGACAUUUGAUUGGCUCACAUACUUGGUCUCAUGCAUAUUUGCCGAGUAUAUCAAAUGAAAAAAUAAUAGCUCAAAUAGAAUGGUCUAUUUGGGCAAUGAAUGCUACUGGCAAUCAUACUCCCAAAUGGUUCAGACCACCUUAUGGUGGUAUAGACAAUAGGGUAAGAGCAAUCACAAGGCAAUUUGGCUUACAAGCUGUUUUAUGGGAUCACGACACUUUUGAUUGGAGCCUCCUCCUUAACAGUACCUUAACGACAGAAGAGGAAAUUCUAAAAAAUGUAGCAACCUGGAAAAAUUCAUCUACAGGAUUGAUAUUAGAACAUGACUCAACAGAAAAAACUGUAGACCUUGCCAUCAAAAUCAAUGAAUUGAUAGGUAACAAUCAGUCAUCAGUUUCUCAAUGCGUCGGCGGAAUUGAUUACAUCAAAGAGUACCUGCCCUAG